AUGGUGGCCCGUACAGGGACCCUGAUGUUCGCGACAAAUGGUGGCCCGACUUUUGCCUUCAAAACUGUGGGAAAAUUAAUUUCUCUUGUGCUAGCCGCCUUGUCUGAGCUGCCUUGUGUGUUGGCUGCCUUGCCUGUGGGCCACAUCGUUAUAGAAACCGUCUGCUCCAAGGCACAUGGCUUCCAGGAAGCUGGCUGCACCCAUGGGAGCCGGGCCACCCUGUGGUGCCUGGAGUUGCACAAGUGUGAUGUGGGCAGUGCCUACCUUCCUGCCUUACUGGAUGCAUCUUUUUCUAUUCCUUUGAUAAAACCAGGUAGGCAGUCUGUGGUGGUUUAUGAAGGUCUGUUGGGCUUGUUUGGUGGAACUGGGUGGGACGCAGCCACUGCUUCGCUUCACACGUUGAACAAACGUGGCCUCACUCCAUUUUUCUGGGUUCUCCAGGAACAGAUAUCUUACAUUAUUCCAAUAGACGAGAAGCCGUACACUGUGCACCUGCAGAAAAGAUAUUUUUUAGCAGAUCAUUUUAUGGUUUAUUUGUAUAAUCAAGGAUCGAUAAAUUAUCAUGCUUCAGCUAGUCCGGCUCAGUGCUACUACCAAGGCUACGUGGAAGGUUACCCCAACUCUGUUGUCACACUCAGCACCUGCUCCGGACUGAGAGGAAUACUGCAAUUUGAAAAUGUUUCUUAUGGAAUCGAGCCCCUGGAAUCUGCAAUUAUAUUUCAACAUAUUGUUUAUAAACUAGGGAAUGAAGACAAUGCACUAGCAAAUCUUAACAAAAACAGCAGAAGCAUCGCAGACCCUCCGCUGGACUAUGGCAUUUUAAUAGACGGAAGGGUGAAACAACCUUUGCCAGUUUUAUACCCUCUCUUUAUAGAGAUGAGCAUUGUGGUGGACAAAGAUUUGUGUGAUUAUUUGGGAUCCGAUAGCAGGAUAUUAACCAAUAAAAUCAUUGAAAUAAUCAGUCUUGUAAAUUCAAUGUUUUCCCAACUCAAGGUUACUAUUGUGCUGUCCUCACUGGAGCUGUGGUCAGAUGAAAAUAAAAUUUCUACAGCUGGUGAGCCAGACGACUUAUUGCGCAGAUUUCUGGAAUGGAGAAAGGGUUUUCUCACCCUAAGGCCUCAUGAUAUUGCCUAUUUAUUCAAGUAUAAUGAAAAUCUUGAGUAUAUGGGAGCAACUUUUCCUGGAAAAAUGUGUGUCACCAGCCAUUCUGCAGGAAUCGCAGUGUACCUCAAGGGCAUGACGCUGGAGACCUUUGCAGUCAUUGUCACACAGAUGCUGGGCCUCAGUCUGGGAAUAUCACACGAUGAUCCAGUGAAAUGUCACUGCCCAGCAGCUGUCUGCGUAAUGAAUCCAAAAACCAUGCAGACCAGUGGCAGGAAGAUUUUCAGCAAUUGCAGUUUGAAUGACUUUCAAAAUUUCAUUUUGAAUGUGGGUGCCAAAUGUCUUCAAAAUAAACCACAAUUUCAAGUGAGUCCGAGACCAUUCUGUGGAAAUGGCAUUGUGGAGGGAAAAGAAGCUUGUGAUUGCGGUAAUAAAAACCAAUGUGGACCCGACAGCUGUUGUGAUCCUCAAAGCUGUGUACUAAAACCAGGAAAGGAGUGUGACAGCCAAUCUCCCACAUCAACCUGCUGUGAAGCUUGUAAGUUUUUAGCAAAAGGCCAGGAAUGCAGGCCUGCAAAGCACAGAGAAUGUGACAUCCCUGAGUUCUGCAAUGGCAGCACAGCAAGAUGCCCGCCUGACAUAACUAUACAAGAUGGAAACAUGUGCAAAAAAAAUAGUUUUUUUUGUUAUGAUGGAGAUUGCCAUGAUCUGGACGCACGAUGUGAGCACCAUUUUGGAAAAGGCUCCAAAAAAGCUCCGUUUUCCUGCUAUGAAGAAAUACAAAGUCAAACAGAUAGAUUUGGUAACUGUGGUAAGGAUUCACAUAACAGAUUCAUAUUCUGUGGAUGGAGGAAUCUCAUAUGUGGGAAAUUAAUUUGUACUUACCCUCGACGAACUCCUUACAUCUCAAAGUUCAAGUCCUCUUCUGUGAUUUAUGCUUUUGUACGAAAUAAAACAUGUGUAUCUGUGGAUGUAGGAUCUAUUACAGAUGAUCCAUUCAUGGUUAAAAGUGGCCCUAUAUGUGAUAUAGACAGGAUUUGUAUAAACAGUGUAUGUGUAGAAUCAAGACACAUUAAGGCUAUAUCUGCCGAAUGUUCAAAAAAGUGCUCUGGACAUGGAGUAUGUGAUUCACUUGGCACAUGCCGCUGUGAAGCUGGCUACGAACCUCCAACGUGCAGCAGAAAAUCAAGAUCAUCUGCAUUGGCUGAUCAAAAUGAUUUGACAAUGCAAAGAGCUUCUAGGAAGGCUGAAAAGAAGUGGCUGCCAGGUCUGUACAUUGCUUUAUCUGUGCUCAUCGCAGCAACCUUAGUAGUCGUGGCGUGGAGCAGCUUGAAAUCGUGGCUUCCCCAGGAAGAGGGAUCCCUGAGGAGCAACCGGUUUAAGAGGUGCGGCUUCCCGGGCUUCCGAGGAGCUGGCCUGCUGCGCUCCUCCCAGACGCUUCUGGCUCUCACUAACCCUCCUUGUCAGGGGAGGGGGCUCCUGGCCCUAGAGCCAUGA